UGUCCAAAAUUUGAGGGAAACCAUCAGUGAUGUCAUUAAGAACACGAAGAUGAAGAUGAAAAUAGAGCAGAUGGCUGACAUUGCCCAUGAACUGGGAAUCUUGGUUGAUGAAGACCAUGCAGAGUGCCAGAAUGCCAAGAGAAAUGCAGACAACAUCAUUGCAGAAAUUAAAGACACCAUUAAAUACAAAGAAGCCCAACUUCCUCUGCAAGGCCAAAUAUGGAAGGAACUGACGAACUUAGAGAAAGAAGAAUUUCGACUUCGAAAGGUUGGGUCACAAAACAUAGAACAUUACAGAAGUGAUCUUCAGGAACAGAAAGAAAAACUUCGGGAAAGACAGAACUCUUAUAGCAUGUCAAAGGCAAUGAAAUGCUUCAUUAGUGCAAUAUCAAGCCCUGGAACAGAGAGGUGCUAUUUUCUGAAGUGGAUGAAGAUGAACCUUGAUAACUUGUUUCGAGAAAAACUGUCUGACCUCAGGGAGCUGUACAAACAGAAAUGUAAGGAUUCUGAGAAGAAAGAGGAAAUUAAAGACAUUGACAGACAACUUUCCAACAGCUCACUGGGGACUGAACACUUCUUCCGUGAAAUGGGUCAGAUCUAUGAAGCUUCACUUUCCCUUCCAGAAACACACCCAUCACGACAACAAUUACAACAUCUGCCCAAAUUCUGUGCAGGAUUGCUGCUUGAUGGAUUUCCUCUUGAGCUUGUAGAUGGAGAUGCAUCCAACAUUCCUCUCCAGUGGGUGAGUGAUGUUCUCUCUCAGCUCAAUGACUUGGUGUCUCCAAAGAACAAGAUACUGGUAGUCACAGUUCUUGGAGUCCAGAGCACAGGAAAGUCCACUCUCCUUAACACUAUGUUCGGAGUGCAGUUUGCAGUCAGCAGCGGUCGAUGCACUCGAGGUGCUUUUAUGUUGCUCAUCAGAAUCAAUGACGACGUCAAAAAAGUCCUCAACUGUGACUUUGUGGUGAUCAUUGACACUGAGGGCCUAAAGUCACCAGAGCUUGCACAGCUGGAUGACAGCCAUGAGCAUGACAAUGAGCUAGCAACACUCGUUGUGGGGCUGAGUGACAUCACCAUUAUCAACAUUGCCAUGGAGAAUUCAACAGAAAUGAAGGACAUCCUACAAAUAGUUGUGCAUGCUUUUCUCAGGAUGAAAGAGGUGGGCAAGAAGCCUAAAUGUCAGUUUGUCCACCAGAAUGUGUCCGAUGUUUCAGCCCAUGAGAAGAACUUGAGAGAC